UUGCUCCUCGCCAUGAUCCCUUAACAAAAACCAAAAUAUCUUUUCUUGUAGAUUUCUUUGAAUCGUCAAAAUCUAAGAUUUUCUUUCUUUUCUUUUCUCUUUCUUCGCUUAUUCUUUAAUGGUUUCCAUGUCUUCGCUUUGUUCUAUAAUUUAGUUAAAAGAGAGUCUUGCAUGCUUUUGGGGGUCUUCUUUUACAUUUCCAAAGUUUCUUUAUACAUCUUUUCUACUUGUGUUUUUUUGUAUUCCAAGAUCCAAAAGGUUUUUAAGGGUUUGAAAAUAUGUUGCAAAGAGCUGCUAGCAAUGCUUAUUCAUGGUGGUGGGCUAGCCAUAUUAGAACAAAACAGUCGAAAUGGAUGGAACAAAACCUUAAAGAUAUUGAGGAAAAGGUAUCCAUUGUGAUUAAACUCAUUGACGAAGAUGGAGAUUCGUUUGCCAAGAGAGCAGAAAUGUACUACAAAAAGAGGCCAGAAUUGAUUCAAUUUGUGGAAGAAUUUUACAAAGCUUACCGUGCCUUAGCCGAACGGUACGAUCAUAUAUCAACAGAGCUGCAAAAUGCAAACAACACAAUUGCUUCUGUUUGUCCGGAACAGGCUCAGUUUGCAAUGGUUGAUGACGAGGAAUAUGGCUCACCCAAAUUCACAAAGUCUCCAGUAAACUAUAAAGGCGAUGUCCCCAAGGUUCCAGACCUUCCUGUCAAAGAUUUGAAGAGUUUAAUAACAUCAGCCACGAAGAAAACGGAACCUAAGAAACCAACGAAAGUCACUACUGAUGCGGUUCCUAAAUCUGGUUUGACCAAGGCUGAGGGGCUUGAAGAGAUUCAUAAGCUUCAGAAACGAAUCCUGGCAUUGCAGACUGAAAAAGAGUUUGUUAAGGGCUCUUAUGAGAGUGGACUAGCCAAGUACUGGGAAAUAGAAGAUGAGAUAAAAGCAUUGCAAGAGAAAGUUUACAGUUUGGAAGAUGAAUUCGGUGAAGGUAAGGUCAUUGAAGAUGAUGAAGCUCGAACCCUUAUGACAGCGAAAGCUUUACAAUCAUGCAAAGAGACAUUGGCUCAGAUGCAGGAGAAGCAAGAGAGGUCAGUCGUGGAAGCAGAAGUGGAGCAGAAAAGGAUCAAGGAUGCCAGGGAGAAACUGGAUUCUCUCAAGAACAAGUUUCACUUAACUGAAGUCGGUUGGGAACGACCAUCUGAUGUACAUAACUCAGGAAUAGUAGCAGAAAGGUCUAAAAAAUUUGAACAAGAAGCGAGUGAUACUACCCAGAAGAGAAAGGAGAUGGAGACCUCGAUACCAAAGAUAAAGGAGCAAUUUGAGGUUGGCCUUUGUGAAUCUUUGACUGUAGCAGAAAUGGUGGAGAAGGUUGAUGAACUUGUGAACAAGGUAAUCAGCUUAGAAACUGCAUUCUCAUCUCAGGAAGCUCUUAUCCAGAGACUUAGAACUGAGGCUGAUGAGCUUCAAGCCCAGAUUCAGACCUUGGAAGAUGUUAAGGCCACACUGAUUCAUGGAAAGAAUGAUUUGAGGAACAAGCUAAUGGAGAUGGAGGAGAAGUUUCAUGGGAUUCAGGAUUUGAAUCAGAGGGUUGAAGACCAGAACAACAAUCUCCAAACUCAUUUUACUGAAGCACAUUCUAAUAUUGAUCACCUUUCAGAGAAGGUGCACAGUAUGAAGCCGGGUGAGAAGCUUGAAAUAGAGAAGAGCUCCUCAGGGGAAGCCAAAUCAUCAAAGGAAGAGGAGAUUGGAGAUUAUGGCAAAAUGCCAAAGGAGGUUAAAGCAGGAAAGGAGUUUGUGGUAGAGCAUGCAUCGGAAAGGGAGAACUCUCCAGCUGAAGUCAAAUCCUCAAAAGAGUCUGAAGAACAAGAGAGGAGGAAUCUGGAUGCAAGUGAUGGCUGCAAAAGCCUGCAGUCUGCAAAACAAGCUAAGGUUGUGGUCUCUGAUUCAUUAUCAAGAGAAGAGGAUUGUGUGGUUAAAGUGUCAUCGACAAAAGAACCGGAAGAACGAGGAGAAAAACUAGAUCAUUCUGAUGGUUGUACGAAGGGUGGGGAUGUGGAAUCAGAAGUAAGGGAGGAUCUGAAACUAGAAAAGGGGGAGGAGGCAGAAGAACAUGAUUCUGUUAGAACUUCUACAGAUAAAGGAGGCAUUCACCAUGAAAUUUCUAAGCCUUCGGAGAAAUGUGAAGACCUGAUAGUAGAGAACAAAGUUGAUAAGCAAGCUCCUUUGCUGACAGUGGACAACACUCUUGUAAAAGUUGAAUCAAAAGAACAGGAAAGAAGGCUAGAAGAUGCAUCAAAGGGUGGGGAUACAGAACCAAAAGCAAGGGAGGAUCUGAAACGAGAAGAGAGGGAGGAGGCAGAAGAACAUGAUUCUGUUAGAACUUCUACAAAUGAAGGAGGUGUUCACCAUGAAACUUCUAAGCCUUCAGAGAAACGUGAAGACCUGGUAGCAGAAGACAAAGUUGAUAAGCAAGCUCCUUUGCUGACAGUGGACGCUGUUGCCAAAGUUGGAUCGAAAGAUCAGGAAAGAGGGCAAGAAGAUGAAUCAAAGGGUGGGGAUACAGAACCAAAAGCAAGGGAGGAUCUAAAACUAGAAGAGGAGGAGGAUGCAAAAGAACUUGAUUCUGUUAGAACUUCUGCAAAUGAAGGAGGUGUUCACCAUGAAACUUCUGAGCCUUCAGAGAAACAUGAAGACCAGGUAGCCGAAGACGAAGUUGAUAAGCAAGCUCCUUUGCUGACAGUGGAUGCUGUUGCCAAAGUUGGAUCGAAAGAUCAGGAAAGAGGGCAAGAAGAUGAAUCAAAGGGUGGGGAUACAGAACCAAAAGCAAGGGAGGAUCUGAAACUAGAAGAGGAGGAUGCAAAAGAACAUGAUUCUGUUAGAACUUCUACAAAUGAAGGAGGUGUUCAUCAUGAAACUUCUAAGCCUUUGGAGAAAUAUGAAGACCUGAUAGCAGAAGACAAAGUUGACAAGCAAACUCCUUUUCUGACCAUGGACACUGUUGCCAAAGUUGGAUCAAAAGACCAGGAAAGAGGGGAAGAAGAUGAGCCUGACUGGAAGCAGUUGUUCUCUAAAGGUAUGGGAGACAGGGAGAGGACUCUGUUGAUAGAAUAUACUAUGGCACUUCGGAAAUACAAGGAAGUGAAAAAGAAGCUCGUGGAAGUAGAGGCAAAUAACCAGAAUAUGUUGUUUGAUAUUAUGUUGCAGCUAAAGGAACUGAAGAGCCAUAAUGCCAUGAAAGAUGAAGAGAUUCGAUCCUUGCGUCAGAAAUUAAACCUUUUACAAACAAGUAUUGCUGAAAUCAACAGUACUGAUCAAUAUGUUGAUCCUAGAAUAAGCACUGAGAAACUAGUAGUGACUGAAACAUCAAUAGCACCAGCACACAAGGAGGAAGGCAAUGAACCAACGGUAAUGAACCCGCCUUCAACAAUGUCAGCAAUUGAAGCAAAGUUCCGGAUGAACAUUGAUGCAUUGCUAGAAGAAAACUUGGAAUUCUGGUUUAGAUUCGGCACUGCGUUUCAUGAGGUGCAGAAAUUUGAAAAUGGAGUGAAAGAUUUAGUGGGUGAGGUAUCAAAACUUGGAGAAAGACAAAAGCAAGAGGGAAGUAGCACAAAAAAAUAUUCACUAAAAUCAGAUGUGCGACCCUUGUAUGAACAUCUGAAGGAAAUACAGCAUGAAGUGACUCUCUGGGUGGAAAACAGUGCAUCACUAAAAGAAGAACUGAAGAAGCGAUUUUCAUCUUUGUGUGAAAUUCAAGAAGAAAUAACAAAGGCUUUGAAAGCAAGUGCUGAAGAUGAUGAUUUCAGCUUCACAAGCUACCAAGCAGUGAAAUUCCAAGGUGAGAUUUUGAACAUGAAACAAGAGAAUAACAAAGUUGCAGAUGAACUGCAAGCUGGUUACAAUCGUGUUACAGCACUACAGAUUGAAAUUGAAAGAAAUCUGGCGAAGUUGAGUGAUGAUUGGGGUCUUUCUGGAUCAAAGAGCCAUCAAAGUAGCGAACCACAACAGUCACAUAGUCGGUCUGGGGUUCCUUUGAGGUCAUUUAUCUUUGGUGCCAAACUAAAGAAGCAGAAGGCAUCGAUUUUUUCCUUUGUACAACCUACACUGCAUCGGAAGUUCAGUAGUUCAAGAAGUGGCAACCAAUAGAUAAACAGAUUGGUUGCCUGUAUAAGCUCAUACUUAAAAAAAGUUAUUUUUUCCCUUUCUCUCAAAGUUGAUUUCUUCCUUUUGUGAAUGCAGCAGUUUCCUUUUCUCAUUUUGUUUAAUAACUGGGAAACUAUGUUUUCAGUUGGCUGUAGAUGUUCUAUUUCAUACAUAGUCUGUACUUACAAACGGGAUAGGAAUAUUCACUUA